AUGUAUAUACUCAUUAAAGCUGCAUUGGAGCAUGGCAUGAAUCGCUACGUGUUCGUAACGUAUAGACAGGCUGUGGCCACUAUCGCCAUUGCCCCUGUUGCUUUUUUCUUAGACUGGAAAAGAAUGCCUCCCCUUGACUUCAAGGCUUUGUUUCACAUCUUUAUGCUGGCGCUCUUAGGGAUCACACUAGAACAGGUUCUCUAUUUCUCGGGCUUUGAAUACACCACUUCAACUUAUGCAGCCACCAUAACAAAUCUCAUCCCUGCAAUCGCCUUUGUCAUGGCCUGUCUCCUGAGAUUGGAGAACGUGCAUAUCAAGAGCCCAAGGGGCCGGGCGAAGGUCAUUGGCACCAUUAUAUGCAUAGGAGGUGCUAUGAUCAUGACAUUCGUCAAGGGUCCUAUUCUUGAAUUCUUUCAUCACCUCCGGACAUCGAAAUCUCUUUCUGAUAUUUUGGGAGCCAAAUCACUGGUUGAUACCAAGGACAACUUAACCUUGGGCAUAAUUUUGCUCAUAAUAAGUGUUACUGCUUAUUCUGCAUGGAUAAGCUACCAGGCUUGGGUUUUCAAGGAUUGCCCUGCUAACCUCUCCUUGACUGCACUCAUGUUGUUCAUGGGUAUGGUUCAAUGCGGUGUGAUUGCUGUUAGCUUUGAAAGAUCUGCGGCGGCCUGGAGACUAGCCUGGAAUUAUAGACUUCUAACAUAUAUCUACAGCUCACCCAGGCCCGACACAUUUGCAGCCCCGGUUUCUCCAAUUCUUGGUGCUAGCUCGUUGGUUAAAUUCUAUGUUGCUUAA